AUGCCAAUAUCAAGUGGUUUCAGCUAUCAUCAAACAAGUCAUCCUAAAAUAAAACCUAUUGUACAACCACAAAUUGUUACUCGUUCACCUAAGUUUCGAACAAAUCGACCAAGCAAAAAUUAUAAUGGUAGUUUAUUUUCGAAUUCGAAAGCAAUGACAAGUGGAAAACUAUUACCACAACGACCAACAGCUGUUGCUAAACAGCCAUUACGUUCUGAUACAUUUACAUUGCCAUUAAAAAGUAAUGAAAUAAAUUCGAAAGUGUCUAAUAUUAAUCAACGAGAAAUGACCAAAGAGCCUAUGAACAUUGAUUCAUCAUUAUUCACUGGACGCAAACAUACCGAAACAAAGCAAAAAAACAGUAGUAUUCGAUCGGUUCUAAAACAACCUAAUUCAAAUAAUUAUCGACAAAAUCCUGUACGAUUGAUUAAUAAUUAUGAAAAUACCUAUGAUUCUUCUUCUCCUGUUUAUAUUCCAAAAAUUGUUUCGAUUGCUAAUCCAUUACGUCAAGAUAAUUUCAACAAAUCACGACGUCUACGUAUAGGCAAUGAUGAAUAUAUAAUGCAGCGUCAACGUAAUCCUCCUAAUCACGUCGAUAAUGCUUAUUAUAUGGAAAACUUAAAUAAUAAACCAAGAUCACAAAGAAAAGUUCAAUUUGUACGUGAUGUAAUAUCUCGUGAACCUGAUGAUUCAUAUUAUACAGAAUCAGAACCAAAACAUCGAAGACCAAUUAUUCAUCGACCAACACCAUCACCUGAAAGUGUUUAUGCUGAUAAAGUACCAUCAACUAAUGUGUCACGUCGUUAUCAGUAUCCUCAACGUUCAAAAAUUGCGCAUAUAGGUGAUCGUCGACCUUUGAAGUUUGAAGAAGAAACAAUUUAUAUUGAUAAUAAUGGUAACGAAAUUGAACCAAUUUAUCAUCGAUAA